AUGGAUAAAUAUCAAAAGAUCGAUGAAGUUGGUCGUGGAUUAUACGGUGUCGUCUACAAAGCAUUGAAUCUGCAUGAUGGUGAAACCGUUGCGAUCAAGAAACUGUACACAAGAAAGUACUCGGUAAAAGACUGCAAGAAUAUUAGAGAAAUCAACUCACUCAUCAACCUAAACAACCAUGCAAACAUAGUGAAACUUCAAGAAAUAAUUAAUAAACAAGGCAUCGUAUUCUUGGUAUUCGAAUACAUGGAAUGCAGCCUCUACGAUCGUAUAAUCAACCAAACGAAACCCUUCUCAGAAUCUGAGUUUCGAAACAUGUGUUUUCAAAUUCUUCAAGGUGUUGCACACAUUCACCGUCAAGGCUACGUUCACCGUGACCUUAAACCUUCAAAUAUUCUUGUUUCCAAGAAUGCGAUAAAGAUCGGUGACUUUGGUUUCACCCGCGAGUGUAGUAGUCACCCACCGUUCACCCAUAAUGUUACCACCCCCGCGUAUCGUGCCCUGGAGGUUUUUCUUGAAUCUCUGGUGUAUGAUAUUGCGGUGGAUAUAUGGGCUGUGGGUGUAAUCAUGGCGGAAUUGUUUACCCUCAAACCGUUGUUUCAAGGUUGUUCUGGAGCCGAUGUAAUGUACAAGAUGUGUAAAGUGUUGGGUACACCAACAGAAACUACAUGGCCUGGUGAGAUUGAUCUUGCAAGGAAAAUGAAGUAUCAGUUUCCAGAUGGGCUUUUUGGUUACCAGUUUUCUACUUUGUUGCCGAAUGCAAGCGCGGAUGCGGUUAAUCUGAUUGCUUCACUUCUUUCGUGGGACCCGUCUAUGAGGCCCACAGCCAUCGAUGCGCUUCAGCAUCCGUUUUUUGAUAGGUGUUACCAUAUUCCGCGUUCAGUUUGUCAUGAACCGCCUAUUGUUACGCUGUCGUUGAUCAAAGUGCCGAUAUUGUUUCGCAUGGCGAUGGAGCGUGAGUUGUUGAAGAAGGAAGCGUGUUUGAGAAGUUGCAUAGUUGAUGAAGAAAAGGGUUCAAAAGAAGAGUUGGUUCAUAUGCUCCCAGAAUAUUUGUUUGAUUAUGAGAUGGAAAAGGAGUCCAAAUGUAGGUUCACUGAGUUGGCACCAACGGUUGUUAUGGAGCGAACGCAUGGGUUGCAAUCUUCUGCAGAAAUAUUAUAUAAGUGGUUAAUGCAGAAAAAAACAUCGAUCAUCAUUGAAGAAAUUGGCGGAAACCCCGAUGAUCAUACGAUGAAGUCCGAAACCGUUGAUGAAAUCCAAGAAUACGUAGGUUUAAGUAGGGAAGACUUGAAGUAUAUCGCGACAAGCAGGAUGAGUCUCGGUGAUCACGAGACCAAUAAUAAGGGUACUACUGAUGAUGGGGGGGAACACUUAGAAGAAGAACAAGACCCAUGA